AUGAAUUUCGUUCUACCAGGGGCCAACGUAAAACUGCUGGCCCGUACCGUGAACUGUUUUUCCAAAAUCGGCAACGAGCUGUAUUUCGAGGCCACGCCAGAUGGGCUGGAUUUAAAAUCCAUCAACUCAACCAACACGGCAUACGCGGUCGUUCAGUUUAGGCGCGAUUUUUUCAUCAGCUUCCAGCAGGGCAACUCGGACACACCCGAUGAAAAUUGCUGCAAGAUAUCGGUGAAACCUAUCCUGAAGAUAUUCAAAAGCCUUGCCACAAUACAAAUUUGCAAAAUCUGGCUAGAAGUUAGCCAAUCGAAGAUCAUAUUCCAAUUCCGUUGCAAAUCGGACAUCCUGAAGACGCAUAAAAUAUAUCUCCUCGAAAGCGAACACAUCAAUUCGCUCAAUAUGUCCCAAACGUUUCCCAGCGAAAUCGUAGCCAAUCACAAAGUGUUCACCAAUAUUCUAUUGCACCUCUACCACUCGGUCGAUGAAAUUUCGUUCGAUCUGAACGACGACAAAACGGUCGUUUCCAACUAUGUAGACAACGAUCAAAACGAUCGCUCCACGUUGCGAUCGACGCUUUCGAUCGAUUCGUCCGCCUUCCAAACGUACCGGCUGUCCGCCAAAGCGAACCUGAUCUUCUGCUACAAAGAGUUUAAAGCCAUCACCAUGUUUGCAUCAUUUAACAAGCUUACCAUGCGGAUGAGUUUCUCCGGACCCGGUUCACCGUUGAUGCUGGAGAUGAACAAAGGGCAAAUUGUGCAUGCCAAGUUCAUUAUGGGCACUAUGAAACCUUCCGCCCAGUUGAACAGUAGACGAGCGCACCGUCGCAAAGCGAUUGAUCGAAACGUUUCCAACCGUUCCGUCGCUAUGGAGGACAGCGAAGCGAUUAACACAUACUUCACCGAAGACAUUGCGAACAACGCCAACACGGAAAUGUCGGACAAGAACAGCUCACAGAACACACCCCGCCCUGCAGCUGCUCCUCGGCAAACUGUCCGUGAUGUAAUGAAUGCAAGUUUACAAGCCUUACGCAACGAAACCGAUUGCAAUGCAGCACGUAACGAAAGGACGCACCUUCCAGGGGAAGCGAACUCCGUGCGACAACGAUUGAGCACCACGCCGGCUCCUAGCGCCAUCAGUGGAGCACAAUCUUCGGAGGAAAUAUUUGGUGAAAACAAUAUGGCAAAUCAUCCCUUCCUCGAGGGACUUGACUUUCGCACCAUGAACGCCAACAGGCAGCUCGACUCAAUUCCCUCAAUGUCGGAUGACUCGUUUGGCCUCAAUGAACGGCAACCUGUGUCACAACAAGCAAUAAGCUCCGCCAACAGCCUUUCCGCUGUACAGAAUAGUGAUUCACUGUUUUCCAGAAAACGGCACCACAACGAAACCCCACCCAAUGAACGGGUAGAUCCAGACGGGCGGGAGCCAGAAAACCCCAAGGAGGAUAGCGUACCAGAGUCACCGAACGUGAUCGAGGAGCGGAAGCGAAAACAGGCCAAACUAAGACACAUCUUUCGACGGUGCUUCGAACCAACGUUUAAUCCAGCCUUCCAACCAGGAUGCAGCCAAAUCUAUGCUCCGAAUUCGGAUUCGGAAGAUGAAAUGGGGACGUAA